AUGGAAGAAAGCCCCGACGCCCCGGAACCUCCUCUAUCGGUUCAAGACCAGCGUGGUUCCGAAUUGGACUUGUUUGUCCGUCAUAACCCUGGUCAAUUGCAAAAAAUUCCUGAUUUACGCGCCAAAAUCGAGUCAAUUCUUGCGUCCGUGGACUCAUACUCUACCGCUAUCGAUGAAGGAAAGGUUAUCGAGAGGCACCUGAACUUACCUCUACUCGGCAGCAGAUUGGAAGACAUCGUUAGCAACUCCUUCGGCAGCCCUUGCCCGCGUAUCGUUGAGACAAAUGGUCCGAUGAAUGACUAUGGAGUUACUCCGGGCUGGGAAGCAGUUUGCUCUCCUGUUUUUCGGAAGAUAUUCUGCUCGGGGCUCCUCCCUGAGGACCUGAAAGCAGAGCAGGAGACUAUUACUGCCCUGCUAGGCGACAUGUCUGAGCUGGGUAAAGAUAUGAUACAAGCAUUUGCGAAGAUCCAACACGUCGUGAAACAACUCAAAGAUUAUAGCAGCAAUCUCUCGGCUUCGACGGGAAUCGCACCCUCCUCCCCUGAGCCUGUUGGCCAGGGGCCGACCAUGUCUUCACGGCUUUCAUCUCUCGGAUCUUCAGUUGGGAAUUCGGGGGGUGAAGAGAAUUGCACCUUGCCAGUUGAUGGACCACAAACUCCCCCACCUGAUACCCGACUAGUGCAAACUCAGCAAAUCACGCCGCACGGAGCCCCUGCUGCAUCUGAAAGAGUAAUUAUUUGCACAAACACCGGGGGGAAGGCGUGCUUCAUUCACCGCCUCGCCACCGCUGGACCAGGGCAGGAAAAAAAGGCAUAUGCGGACUUUAUGCGUGGCCGAUGUCAUAUGUCCUGGCCAAGGAUAGCAGACGAUUACUGGAGGACCACGGGGAAUCGGGUUAGUGUCAAUUCUCUAAGGCAGCAGGCUAAGCGAAUGGGGAUCCAAGUAGAGUGUGGAAAGCCGGAAAGACCUUCGAAAUCGAGCCGGUCGAGCCGAUCGAGCCCCUUGGUGCUGAAGGUCAACUUCCCUCCGCACUCAGGGAAGUCGGCCAAGAAUGAUCAACAACCAAAUUCCAUCGGAAUUAUGCAAGAUGGAGACCAUGGGGUGGGCGACAGACUAGAAGCCUCCAAAACGCAUGGGCAUAACACUGAGCCCAAAUACUCCACGCCGAAUUCACCUUACUCACCGCAAGAUAUACCCAUGUCCAACGAUAAGCGCAACCUUCAAACUCAAGGCUCCGGCCAGGAUUCUGCCGGCCAGCUGAACUGGAUGUUAAACUGA